UUUCAAGAAAAAUGGAAGCUUAUAUUUUUUUUGGCUAAAAAUGGAAAGCAUAAUUUUGAUGGUAAAUCAUUUGAUGAACCCUCACACCCUGUAUAAAUUUUCGUACCCAACUUUCCUACAUAAACCGAAACUUCCUCGUCAUUGAGUUAGGAAGAAAACCCCAAAAAAAGAAAAAUUGUGUUGGAUAUGGGCAUAUGUGCCCAAUCAAACACGAAAAUAAUGGCAAAAUGUCUUUGUACGACAAUUGUUUGUCCUAAACCGUCAAACGAAUGAACCAACAAAAAAAAAAUGGCAUCGCCCGACCGCUCGUUUUGCCAUACAGGAAACAGUUAGCUGUAAUAAGAAUUUAUCUAAACCGUUUGAAACUUGAAACAGUUAAUAUUUUUAAUUUUAAUCAAGAUGGGAAAUUAGAUGGUGGGGCGGUGGCGGUGAAGCUCGGUGUUGGCAGCAUUUUUUGUUUGUUUGGAGGAACAGAAACUGGCGGUGGUUAAUUGAAUUUCUUUCAAAAGGGAAGCAAACGGGAAAGAUGGAAAUUAUUACGAAGCAAUCUCCUCUUGGUGCCAAUAAUGUUUCUCCAGCACCACCUCCAUUACCAGGUCCAUCAACAAACUGUAGGCGGAAGGGGUUAUUUAUGAACAAUGGAACAGCAAUAAGAGGAAACAGCUGUGUUUCCACAGCCACAAGGGAUUUGUGGGAUAACCUUUUUAAUGGAGGUUAUAGAGCAGAUGUUACCAUUAAAACUGAUAAUGGUGGCAUCAUCUAUGCACAUGCUAAUGUUCUUGGUAUGGCUUCUCCUGUCUUAAGAGGGAUGUUGAAACAAGCAAAAGGGUUUGGUCAAAAAAGAUCAAUUUCAAUCCAUGGUGUUCCGCAAGAUGCAGUUCGGGUUUUCAUCCGAUUCUUGUACUCUUCCUGUUAUGAGAAAGAAGAAAUGAAGGAAUUUUUCGCGCCAUUGUUGGUGCUGUCACACGCAUAUGUUGUUCCUCAGUUGAAGCUAAUUUGUGAACAGCAACUAGAGCAUGGCUUGCUUACUCUAGAAAAUGUAGUCGAUAUCUUCCAGCUUUCAUUACUGUGUGAUGCACCUCGGCUUUCACUGAUCAGUCACCGAAUGAUCCUAAGGAAUUUCAAGGCUAUUUCUGCUACUGAAGGAUGGAAAGCAAUGAAGAAGAGUCAUCCAGCACUUGAAAAAGAAAUUGUGGAAACUGUGAUUGAAGAAGAAAAUAUGCAAAAGGAGAAAAUCAGAAAAUCAAAUGAGCGAAAGAUCUAUCUUCAAUUAUGUGAAGCAAUGGAGGCUCUUGUUCACAUUUGCAGAGAUGGUUGCAGGACAAUUGGUCCACAUGAUAAGGAUUUCAAAAAGAACCAGAUACCUUGCAAUUAUGGAGCCUGCAAAGGGAUAGAACUGCUUGUUCGUCAUUUUGCUGGUUGCAAGUUGAAAGUCCCUGGUGGCUGCAUUCAUUGCAAAAGAAUGUGGCAGCUACUGAAGUUACAUUCCCGUCUCUGCGCAGAUUCAAAUUCGUGCAAAGUUCCUUUGUGCAGGACUUUCAAGGAAAAGAUCAGGAAGCAAAGGAAAAAGGAUGAGAUCAAGUGGAAAAUACUAGUGAAAAAGAUAUUGAGAGCAAAGAGAACUAGAGAGGCGCACCGUUCUUUGUGCCCUCAAAUUCCAUCUCUUCAUGAAAAACAGUCUGGUCUCUUAGUUCCUGAUUCACUCGUAAAUUUAAUUUAACUUUGUGGCUUGAUGUAUAAAAUUACAAAGAAUCACUCCCUGCCCAACAGCCUGUUUUCUUCUAGUUCAUUAGCAGCUUGAGAAGUGAUAUGCAAUUUACAUUUUUCAUCAACUUGGUAACCUUAUUAAAGAAACAAUAAUUAUUAACAGAGAUAACUUCUCAGACUAGAAAUCAGCUUUUCCAAGAUUUUAAUCAAAGAUGGGAUACUGCCAGUUAGUGAAAAAGUUCAGAUAGGUGAAAUGAGGGAAAUUUUCUUGAUGAACCAAAUUGAAAGGUUUGAUUUGAAAGAUUUUUGUCAGGUUGUUUUGACAAAAAUUGAUGAUGUCACAUUCAUCCAUAUCUAAUUAUGUUUUUUUGAUUCUUUUUUGUCUUUUUAUCAAGCAUCAACCUUGGUGAUGAAUUACAUGUGACAAAGAACAAGAGAAACUCCAUUUCUUUUUUCUUUUCUUUUUUUUUUUUUACCGUGAAACGAAGCACAGUCAUUCUUAAACUCCAUUUCAUCAACAUUCUGAUAAAGGCAAUGGAGGAAACAAGGCAUCAUCAGAAACAGGGCUUUUAAACUUCUCCGGGUAUAAUAAAUUUUUAGUUCACUUUUAAAGCUUAGUUUUGUUACCUUAUCCUAAUAUAGAAAAAUCCAUGACAUAGCAAAAAUCUUCUAUAAAA